UGAAAUCUAAAGAAGUGGUUAUCGUUUUUCUGCAGUACCCCUUUUUUAAGGUAUCCGUGCCUCGUAAUUUUAUGCAGUGAUAUCGGAUCUUUUGUUGCUCGCGAUGGGUAUUUCGAAUGGAUGCAUUUUGUACUUAAAGAUUAAACGCUACGAAGGCACGAUGUUCUUGCUCGUUUUCCUGUUUCUGACGUCCUUGGCAGAUGCCCAGGAAGGAGGAACGCCGGGCCAACGUCCAGAGCUCAACCAUAGCCCUGAGUCCGCGCCCCACCUCUACCAUGGCGACAUCAAGCUAACACCGAUGCAGAGGGCCAACAUUGAGAGAUACGAUAAUCCAUAUGGUCCGAGCACGGGUCGCGCGGCCAGUAGCCAAGACAAGACUCGCUGGCCCAAUGCGGUGAUUCCUUACGAGUUUGACUGCUCCAUAGCAAACAUGGAAAGCGCAAUUAAAUUCACGAAGCAAGCCAUGGCGGAGUGGGAGAGCAAGACCUGUAUCCGAUUUGUCAAGCGAACAACAGAGACUGCUUAUCUGUCAUUCUUUAGGGGACAGGGAUGUUGGGGUCACUUGGGUCACACGGCUAACUACACGAGUCAGAUCUCCAUUGGCGACAACUGCGACUUCCAGUACGUGAUGUCUCACGAGAUUGGUCAUUCUGUGGGCUUCUGGCACGAGCAUAAUCGACCGGAUAGAGAUAACUAUAUCCUGGUCCUCUGGGAGAACGUCAUGGACGAAUUCCAUGACGCAUUUGAAAAGCGAAAAUGGGGCACGGAGGUCACGGACUACGGAAGCCAGUACGACUUUGCUUCCAUCAUGCACUACCCGUUCACAGCCUUCUCAAAGAAUGGAAGACCGACCAUCAAAGCCAUCGCCGAUAUGCAGGGCAAGACCCCGUAUAUAGCUCUUAGUGCAGAUGACGCCAUGCAGACGAACGCCAUGUACAAGUGCAAUGCUGUUAUGAGGAAAAGAAUGACAGACAUUUUUUAUGCACACUUCAAGGCAGCUCCACGUAUAGGGAAAAGAGCAAAUUCAUGCUGUGAUAAGUCCAAGAACUGUCACAACUUCAAGUCGUACGGCUAUUGCACCCACACGAAUCACGUGCACAGCCUCCUCUAUUGGUGCCCAGUCACCUGCGACAUGUGCAGCUCAGAUUCUUGCAUGGAUAAGAGUGGCCAAUGUAAGUCAUGGGCCGAAAAUGGUCACUGCCAGACCGCGGUGGAGGCAAUGAAGCUAGACUGUCCCUACUCUUGCGGCUUUUGUGGACCCACAACAUCGCCGACAGGAGCUGUUGGGUUAAAGUGUGCUGACAAACAAAGAGAAUGCCCUGAUUGGGCGAGAAGAGGAAAAUGCUCCAAAUCUGGGUGGACAUUCAGGAACUGUCUGAUCAGUUGCAAGGCGCGCUGUGACACCGCGCCCCCAAAAGCCCCAGGCUCGUGUGGACAAGCCCUCGGACUCGGUUGGAAUCCGACUCUCCCGGACAGCUCCUUUUCUGCGUCGACCACUCUUAAAUCAGAAGGAGGAUGGGAAGCUGCGGCCCAUAGCGCCAGGCUGUACAUGGAAGAUAAUCAUAACCGGAGGCUGAUUGGGGGUUGGUGCCCAACGUCUCGCGAUAACAGUUGGCUCAAGAUUGACCUGGGACGAGAGAAGCGUUUAACAGCCAUCGCAACCCAAGGACGGGACGUGAUCUAUGGGCACGUCGAAAGAUACGAGCUGGAGUUUAGCAGGGAUGGGGGCAACUGGACCAAGUACCCUAAGGUAUUCAAGGGCAAUUGCGAUCACUUCACGCCAGUGCUCAACACCUUCCAGCUCCAAGUAGCACGCUUCAUCCGGGUACUUCCACUUGGUAACCAGUCCGCGUGGCCAUGCAUGCGCCUGGAGGUCUACGGCUGUGACUCUGUGACUCAUAGAUGUACGUCACGUGACCCAAAAGAAUACCACAUGACUAAGAGGUGUGGCGCUUGUGAUGGCUAGUCCGUCGUCGCGGUAGAGUCCUACGUUGAUGUUAAGGUCUUGGAGUUGGGAGAGGAGGAAGUUGCCUACAAGUUCGCAUGUUUCAGCGCCGUCGUAGCUUCCCAUCGUCACGUCGAAUGUCGAGUUGCCUUUUUUGUGCCAGGGUGUUUGGUUGUGAACUAGGAUAGAGUUUUUGGCGUAGGUUAUGAUUUUUUUUUCUUCAGCGGUGAUGCAGUCGUAGUCAGCG